UGCUGCGGUCAAAUCGCCUUCUCCGCAGAGGAGACGCCUUACUAUUUUGGCCCUGGUGCUGUGCCGUAAAUUUGCCGUAAAUCGUUUCCAUCCGUCGCAACGUUUAGUCCCAAAGGCAGAGGUCACAACAAACCAUUCAGAAUGGGAGGCGACCACGGCCACAGCAAGUUGUCCAUGCCAGACUGGCGGCAGUGGAAGGCGGAGGGAACGCCACUGGAGUUCACGCAGAAGAGGCUGGCAGCCAGGGGCCUCAAGGACCCGUGGGCGCGUAACGAGGCGUGGAGGUACUCCGGUGGCUUCUCUCGUGCUGUGACCUUUUCAGAAGUCCUGCUGAGAGGAUUCAAGUGGGGCUUUGCUGCCUUUACUGUUGCCCUGGCUGUAGAGUACGCCCUGUUCCCCCCAAAGAAGGGCGAACACUAAUGCUCAUUGUUUGAUGCUCAAAUCCAGACCAUAAUGGAGUAUAAUAAUAUGUAUUUUUUCUUUAUUAAAUGUCUUUUUGGUCACCAAA